AUGCCAGAUAUUCCCCUGCUCCCUGGCUCCCCACGCCGGCUGAGGGGAGGGGCCAGAGGGGGCCAGGGCCCCAAACAUGGACAGCAAAACCUCAAGGUGCCGGGUCCCCGAGCCCCAGGGCUGCAGGGCAGUUCCAACCAAGAUUCUGGCCAGCUCUUCAGUGGAGGGAGCUCCCACAGCAGCUCUGUCAUCAACAACUACCUGGAUGCCAAUGAGCCAGUGUCCUUGGAGGCCCGCCUGAGCCGCAUGCACUUCCAUGACAACCAGAGGAAGGUUGACUAUGUGCUCGCCUACCAUUACCGGAAACGCGGGGCACACCCAAGCCAUGGCUCCCCUGGCCACUCACUGGCUAUCAUCUCCAAUGGGGAGACGGGCAAGGAGCCCCGUGCUGGGGCUCCCGGUGACAUUGAGCUGGGGCCGCUUGAUGCCCUGGAGGAGGAGAGGAAGCAGCAGCGGGAGGAGUUUGAGCACAACCUGAUGGAGGCCGGGCUGGAGCUGGAGAAGGACUUGGAGAGUAAAAGCCAGGGAUCCAUCUUCGUCCGGAUACACGCCCCGUGGCAGGUGCUGGCCAGAGAGGCAGAAUUUUUGAAGAUCAAAGUUCCCACCAAGAAAAUGUACGAGAUCAAAUCAGAAGGCAGCAUUGCAAAGAAGUUCAACGAGAUCCUGCAGAGGCUGAGCUCUCCCCUGAAGCCCAGAGUUCCAGACCACAGUAACAACAGGAUGAAAAACCUCUCCUACCCAUUCUCCAGGGAGAAAAUGUACCUGUACAAUAUCCAGGACAAAGACACCUUCUUUGAUAAUGCCACCCGUAGCCGCAUUGUGCACGAGAUCCUGAAGCGCACGGCCUGUUCUCGAGCCAACAACACAAUGGGUAUUAACUCUCUGAUCGCAAACAAUGUCUAUGAGGCUGCCUACCCUCUUCAUGACGGUGAAUAUGAUAGUCCAGGGGAUGACAUGAAUGACAGAAAGCUGCUGUAUCAAGAAUGGGCACGCUAUGGAGUGUUUUAUAAGUUUCAACCUAUUGACCUCAUCAGGAUCCUGGUAGUCGAAAUUGGGAGGCUGAACUGA